AUGAAAGUGAUUCAAAAUCCAACACAAUAUUUCUUUGAAUAAUCUAAUAAUCCAUCUAAUGAGUAUUCAGAUAAGAUUAAUGCAUUCAUUGGAAAAUUAAUUAAUCAUAAAUCAUGUCUAUUAUGCAAAUAAGACUACAAUAUUAAAGAUAGAUUGCCUAGAAUAUUAAUUCAUUGUGGACAUACAAUUUGUACAUAAUGUUUAAACAAUUUCUAUAGGUUAGUUUUAUUAUUUUAAUGAAGUAUAGAAAUAGAAGAGUUCGAUGUCCACUCUGUUUAAAAUUAGUUAAACAUUUAGAUUCAAUUGACAGAUUGCCUGUAUAGAAUUUUUAUUUAUAUAGAUAAACCACACGAUCUUUAAUAAAAUGGCUGAAGAAAUUAAUAAAAAAAGUAGAUUUCAUGGAGGAACUGAUGUUAUAGAUCCAUAAUAAUAUUUAUUCACUUAAUUUUAAUAAUCAGCUGUUUAAGCUUAAAAAAUUAGAUAACAAUAAUAAAAUCAAUAUCCUCAAAUAGAUCCUGAUUCAGGACUUGAAUUUUGUGAAUUUCAUAAUGAUAGAGUAAAACAUUUCUUUUGUAUGAAACAUAAAAUUACUUGUUGCAGAGUUUGUUCUGAUAUGAUUCAUUAAAAAAAAGUAAUAGUUAAUAUUAUUUUUAUAAGGAUUGUAUUGUUGUAGAUCUUUAUGAAAUUGAAGAUGUUCCUGCAUUUUUAAAAGAAGCAUAUAAAUUAAAUUAAGAAAACAAUUGUUAAAAUAAUAAUAUUGAAUUCUUACCUGGUAUUAUUCAAUUUUUAAAAUAGAUGAUGAUAACAAUUUUAAUGAUGAUGAUUUGGAAGGAGAGUUUGCUCAAAAUGAAAGUCUAAAAAGCUUAUGA